ACACCAGUAGCCGUUUCACACCAGAAACUCCUGGCAGCUUUUGCUAAUACAGUCUGGUUUCCCUUUCAUGUUUCCUUUCUCUUUCAUUUUUCGGUUUAUAUACUUUAAGUCAAAUUUAAAUAGACCAUUGAAGCAUUCUUGUGCAGCAACUGUUUUUACAAUUUAAUGAAGGCAUCCCAGGUCUUUCAUGCACACAGGCUGUGUGUUGAUAUUUUACAUUGCAAAACUGGGAAUUUUUGCUCGCUUUAAUCUUAUUUAUUCUUAUAUGUUCAAAAACUGUUGACAGAAGGGAUUUUACUUUGGUUCCAAUGCAUUUUAAUCACUGGAUUAUCAGUGGCGCUGCAGACUGAGUUCACAAUCUGGCCGUUAUUUUAUUCAGUAUUCAGUCAGUUCAGUUCAGUAAGGUUGAUAUAAUGCUUGUCUCUGGUUGAUCACACAAUUGAUUUGAGAUGUUAAACAUUUACAGUUAUAAUCUACUACUCCGAUUUUUGUAAUAAUUAUUUUUAAAAGGCUGGCACUAAUAACAGAAUUACUUGUAUGUAUUUGAUAAAGAUACAUUUAUGGCUGUUACAGAAAAUUUCAUCAAGCAGUUGUAAACACUAAAUGAAGUCUGAAGGUUUUUCAAAUGUUUUUAAUUUGUCAGUUACUGUUGUUAUUCUGACAUGAUUGACUAUUGUUAUGAUUAUUAUAGUUAUUGGGAAUGACUUGCUGUUAUUUCAGAAGAAAUGUAAUUAUCCUAUUAGAGCAUAUUUGCUAGUGCUUAUCCAAGAAAUCAAAAAUUUAUGGUCUGUAACAAAACCAAUAUAUAUCUUUUUGGUCCAAAAAGAUGAAAAUACUUGCAGCAUAUUGAUUAGUAGUGCACUGAAAUUUGUAGGAAGACAUGUCUAUUGUUUUAAUUCUCAACAGAUUUCUAAUUUAAGAAACGCCACUUUAAGAUUGCCAGUCAUGUGUGUAGUUUUGGAGGUCGUCAUCACGAGUGUCAUUGCUUUGCAGAUUCCCCCGAUCCGCUCGGAUCUAGAGAGCUGUAGUUGUGUAAUGCUGCCCUGUGAGUAUUAUACGGUGUCACCCUUACCAUUAAUUAGUCGUUUUCCAAAUGAAGUAAGUGAUCAAGACAAAUUCCAGGCUUGGAUCGGCACUCUAUGCGCCGCACGUUCAUGUCACCCUGACUGACUGUCAUUUCUAGAUAAAUUAGCAUAACAUAACAUUUAUAUGCCAUUUCUUGAAGACCCCAAAAGUCUGUGAAUAAAUCAGUCUGAAGUGGGUUAAAUAGACCAUUCAAUCAGUUCGCAGUGGCUUGGUGUUGCACUGCUUUCACUGAAGCCGCCUGGUUGAUCUUCACUGUUUUUAUUAGUUUUAUAUAAAUGUUCUUCUCUGAGGCCAGAACUUUAAGUGCUCUAUCAGCUCACUGCCAGGACCAGAUGCUUCUCUGCAUGCUGUUGUGUGAUGUGAGAGCAUAGUGGAGGGUGAGGGAACAAUCGGGCAGCUUUUAUACCCAGAUGGAAAGUGCCAGUGGAGCAGCAGAGCUAUAUGAAUGUAAAUAACUUCCGCAUGCAUGACUGGAAGGGUGGUCAAAGUUUCAAAGUGCAGAGUCAAUAAAUCGGCCCAGACGGAAGCAAGAUGAAGGACCCACUCAAUGGAUGCACCUACAACCUGCUGUACCAAGACCUUAAGAAGUUUUCAAAAAAUGGGGAGUAUUUCUGCAAGGAACUUAUGUCGGUCUUCCAGCAAAGGACUGAAACCUGUUUUUCCAGACUCUAGUCUACUUAGCAACCCAACAGAACGCUUAGUGCAGCAACACAUCUUUGAAUUACUGGAUUGCAAAGGGGCUGAGCUAGAAAUCAGUUACGCCAAAGGCCUGCAGAAGCUGGCGGGCAAACUCAUCAAAGCAUCCAGCGGAAUGAUCCGGAACUCCACUUACAAUGCCUGGGCACACAUCUCAGAUGAAAUGUGUUCCACAGCGGACAUUCACAGAACACUGGGAAAUGCUUUUCAACAAGAAGCCAUUCAGGAAAUCCGUCAAGUUCUAGAUGAACAUACCAAGAGGAAGAGGCCACUAGACAAUGCUGUUGACAAGACAGGGAAGCUUGUGGUUAUAAAUUGGAAUGAACAAUUAAAGAGCAAGAAGAAAUUAAUUGGGUUAACAAGAGAGCAUGAAGCCCUUUUCAGUUUUGUGGAGAACAACAAACAAAUCUCUACAGAGAAAGAAAAACAGAAGAUGCUGAACCGUCUGACAAAGUCUGCAGAACUGCAAGUAAAGGCAGAUGAAGAAUACUUCAACACCAACCUGGCAGGCCUUCAGUUCAGGCUCAAAUGGGAAGCCACACUGAAGAACUGCUACCAGGUCGUUCAGGAGAUGGAGAAACAUCGCAUAGAAAUACUCUGUAAUAUACUGAACAAGUACAACUUACACAUGUCCAGCUUUGGACAGACCCUCAUCCAUUGUCAGAAGCAGAUAGACCAAGCCAUAAAGAGAGUGAACGUUGAAAUGGACAUAGAGAUGCUGGUUCAGCAGACAAGUGCUACUUCAGAAGAUAAUAAGACCGAGUUCCUGCUACCUGACUAUUUUGAAGAGGACGGUAAAACCAUAAUGGGGAAAGAGAGACGAAGGGAGGGCAUAAGGACAAAACUUCAGCGGCUUCAGGAGAGCAUCACAAAAACAAAGAAAGACCAGGAGGGUUUGGAGAAGCUGUUGAAAACCUACAUGGAAAAUCCCUCCUUCUCAAACAAGAAGAAUCUGGAAGAGACGGAGCAGUUACUGGAUGAGGCCACACUGAAGCUGGAUCUCCUUGAAGCUACAUACUGGAAACUCUCCUGCAGCAUGGCUGACUUAGAAGGGAGGCCAAAGCCUUCACAUCGUUUCGUCAACAGCAUUGCGAAAUGGAAAGAUAAGGACUCCGAGCAUAGCACAGUGCAGCUGACACGUCCCAUUAAGAUAAGGAGGUCUCCGUACAGGUCCAGGGUGUCCAUGCUGCUGACUCCCAGCUGGAACGCUUCAACUGCAGAGACGUGCUCUAGUGAUAUGGACUCUGCUGCCUCUACUGAGAGCUUAGAGAGACAGCAAAACGGACACAGCUCUCAGUUUACUGACGAACCAGGUGCAGAGCUUCUCAGCAUUGGCAAAUGCAAAGCACUAUAUAACUUCAUAUCAGACAGAGACGAUGAGUUAAACCUAAAAGAAGGUGACCUCUUGGACAUCUUAGCAAAGGACCAGAGCGGUUGGUGGUAUGGGGUCCUGAAUAACCAGAGAGGCCACUUCCCAUCAACUUACGUGGAGGAGCUUCCAACCAUUGACAUCACAAAAUCUUCUGACGUGUGAAAUUUUUCGGGCCCUCAAAUUCCAUUGACAAACAUUUCACAAGUGCUUUCAGUUUUCGUUAAAAGCAAAUUAGCAUGAAUCUGCUUAACCAUAUUCCGUAAUUACCAUUUUGUAUAUAAACAAGCAAUGAAAAUUAAUAAAGCUGAAACUGUA